UCUGACUCUUUGGAGGUCGUCUGUGUGGGAGGUGUUUACCUCCAACUCUACGUCUCCCAAGCAGCAGGCCGCUGGAUGCUACGUCAACCGGAGGCCUUUUUGGAGGCCCUAAUGAACCGACUCCUGGAAACUUUUAACCAAAAGUCAACCGGAGCAGAUCCAGGCCUGUUGCGAUUGCUUAGUCGAUCGGCGCUACAACUGUUUACAGAUCGACCCGGACUACUGGACGGGUUGCCGAAGAAAGGCUUUGCUCACCGCAUAAUCGAUCUGUGUCCUGCGGUGAAGGAACCGGAGGAGGCAAGGACGUGUGCCCUCCUGAUGCAUGCCAUGUCAUCAAGCAAGCUUUGUGUCGGUGCAAUGGUGGAACGAGAGACGAUUGCCGGUUACCGACAUGUGAUUGAUUACUGUGUUGGCGAAGAGUUGGGCACAAUUGGGGAGACAUUUUUCAACAUCUUCAACACCACCGGCUGUGAUCCUCUCGUUGCUCAAGCGCUCAAAUGCGAUCUCAUAGAUUUUCUGCUGCAGACCCUCCAACGCGGCCUACCGGUUAGUGUUCGUGAGCCGGGCCAGUGUCGCGCCUACAUUGUAAAGGCUCUAAAGGCAAUGCAAAAGAAUCCCCUCUACGGGGCACAGGUAAGUGUUGUGCAAUUGUCUUUUUUUGGUAUCCCGCCGAAGGAAAUCUGUGUUAAAUUGCCCAAAUUCUCUAGGUGGUCGGAGUUUAGGGACCAAAGUCACGCCCUCUUUCUCACCAACGCUCCUCAGUCAGCCACUCUGGCUUCCGCCUAUCUAACUGCUGGAGCAGGCGGAUCCAGUAUGCAUGCUGGAUUCAUUACCAGUGGUGUUAGCUCUGGUGCUACAGGGACUGGUGCUGCUGGUGGUGCUGCCUCCGCGGUUGGUGCCGCUGGUGCAGUGGCCUCUGGCGCUACUGUCGCCGGUACAGCGCUGGGUCCCGGUGGGGUGCCCAUAGCUCCACCGGAGCCACGACCUUGA